UGAGGCAAGUUUCGUACGUCGGUCGUUUAUACUAUCGAUUUUUUGAGUGAAGUCUAGUGUUCGUGUCCUUUUCCUUUAGUUUUGUGACGUUGGAUAAGAAAAUAUCUGUGAAUGGGAUUGUGUAAUAAGUUAAAACGUAUUAUUGGUGUGUGAUUUUCUGUAAAGGAUGACGAAGGACAGGUUAGCUGCGCUGCAAGCGGCGCAAAGUGAUGAUGACGACGUCGGGCCUGACGAUGUCAACGUGCCGGUCGAGGCGGGGUACAUGGACGAGUUCUUCAGUGAGGUGGAAGAAAUACGAGAGAUGAUAGACAAGAUUCAGGCCAACGUCGAGGAAGUGAAGAAAAAGCACAGUGCCAUACUGUCGGCGCCUCAAUCAGAUGAAAAAACAAAGCACGAGUUAGAAGAUCUUAUGGCCGAUAUCAAGAAAACUGCCAACAAAGUGAGAGGAAAAUUAAAACACAUAGAGCAGAACAUCGAACAAGAGGAGCACUCAAACAAAUCGUCAGCGGAUCUCAGGAUAAGAAAGACGCAGCACUCGACGCUGUCGCGCAAGUUCGUCGAGGUGAUGACGGAGUACAACCGCACGCAGACCGACUACCGGGACCGCUGCAAGAACAGGAUACUGCGGCAGUUGGAGAUCACCGGGCGCGCCACCACCGACGACGAGCUCGAGGCUAUGCUGGAGCAGGACAAUCCGGCAGUCUUCACUCAGGGGAUAAUAAUGGAGACGCAGCAGGCCAAGCAGACGCUGGCAGACAUCGAGGCUCGGCACGCGGACAUCAUCAAGCUGGAGACGUCCAUCCGGGAACUGCACGACAUGUUCAUGGACAUGGCGAUGCUCGUCGAGAGUCAGGGUGAGAUGAUCGACCGCAUUGAGUAUCAUGUAGAGCACGCUGUUGACUAUGUCCAAACUGCCACACAAGACACAAAGAAGGCACUCAAAUAUCAGAGCAAAGCUCGGCGGAAGAAGAUAAUGAUCCUUGUGUGCCUGCUGAUACUGGGGCUCGUGGUCGUCGGCUACGUGUCCAGUAUGUUCGCCUGAGAGGCGUCCGUCGCCCACGGUAUGCUCAAGGCUGGUAAUGGAGGAUGUUGCGCAUAAUUGGCGCGCGUGCUACAUCCGGCAUCCAUCAGUGUGCAGAAUUAUUUUGCGUUGUCUUUCAUGAACUUCUGUUUGUAAUCGCUCAUUGUCUCCCUCGGGAAUUGUUUAGCUAUAACAUGUUACGUAUAAUCUGUACUCACAUUAAUAAUAGUUAUUAUGAUGCAUUGCGUCAUCAAUGUUGUUUAAUUUUAACUCCCGUUUGGAUAUUAUUAUGUACUAUAUGAAUCACCAUUAGGGAAACGCACACAUAUUAUUAUUGUAAUCACAACAUUAUUUGAUUAUAAUCAACAAUUAUUAUAAUAAUAUUAGACAGCCAUAUUACUUUUCAGAGUCGAUUGUUGUUCUAAGAUUAUUAUUUCUUGUCAAUAAUGAGGGUAGUAUGAAAUUAUUUGGCAUUUGCUUAGUUGUAUUAAUAUUCAUAUGUAUUUGAAUUAUGUUUGUAUUAAAAUGCUUUGUAUCGUAGCUCCUUCAUACAAUGUUCUAACGUAGCAAUAUAGUAAUUUUCAAUAUAACGUGUGUUCCUUAAUUAAAAUCAAAUUCGUUAUCACACCAGUAAAGCUUCCUUCGAGAUAUCAUUAGAAGUUUAGAUACGAGACCGUAAUGUGAUGGAUCGCAUUGGUGUCCGUUCAUCAUAUAGGUGAAUAGUAUUAUGAGAAAGUUGAUUGAUAUUAUCCAACGUUUGUAAGCGAUAGGUCGGUUCGGAAUGUUAUGAGGCAUGGUUUGAAUGAAAUAUUGUGCAUCUUUUGUACGAGUAUCAUUGAGUCAUACAAGUGACAACAGAUUUAAUAUUUUCACCAGAGUAUCUAAUCAGUCACACUGUCACCAUAGGAAAGCAUUAGGAUAUGGACAACAAUUUUCGACCUCAAUGCAGCUUACGCCUUAUUUAAUACUGUAGCAUAAAUAAGGGAAAUAUUUUAGGCAAAGUGUUGUAACACUUUGUGAAAUAACAUUCUGAUCUGACGGACACACAAUCAUAAUAAUAUAUAAUCCGCGCGGGAUGAGGCGAGCCCUACUGUCGUCAAAACUAGCUCGCGAAACUAGAUGCAAUGACAGAAAAUUUUUUUUUUUUUAAUCAUUUUAAACACUUAAUUUGGUACAAUAUUAUUCAUGAUGGCGCGCGGGUUAUAUAACUAUUUUUUGAACGUGUUAUAUAUUUGUGUGUAUAUCCUGUCCUUGAUGAUUUGAGUACUUUGUAACGAAGCGGCACAGCAUACUCCGUUCAGGGUUGUGUCGUGUGCACUGAACGCCUAUAGCACAAUACAGUAAUAGAACAGUACUUUGACGUCAUACUAGAGAACACGAAUCGACGCAUACACACGAUUUACACGGCCGCUACGCAAUCUUGAAGAUAAAACUAUUGAGUAGCUACGCCGUAGUAGCCUGACCGAGUUGACCGAGUUAAAUUAGCUACGUCGCUCCGCCCAGACGCAGUAUAUUAUUUCAAAGAGACCGUUGAAUUACGAUACUGUUCUAUUACUUGUAUUGUGUCUCCAGACUGAUGCUGAUACAUGAUAAACAAGCUUAUAUGUACGUGUCAGUGUCUGGUUCGGAUGAUGAGUGUCGAGUAGUAAUUAGCCAUGCCUCGGUGUUCGAUACCGGUGUAGAGUAUACAGUGUAUCUCGGUGUCUGGUCACUAAUCAUACCGCGUACCUGAUAUCGGUGUGUAUCAUAUUAUCGUGUUUACUCAUCCCCGGUAUCCGAUACCGGCAUCGUCCACCUUGUAACCACCGGGCGCCGGCGUCCGGUACUCGAUGACGGAACACGCUGAUGUCGCGUCGAUCGCCGUCGUCGUUGAACUAGCAAUAAUGUUCAAUACAAUUUAUAAAAUUGUUUUAAACUUUCGAAUGUGUGAUAGUAGAUGCAGUUGUUGUUUAGUUAAUCUUAAAAUUUAAUGAUAAUUAUAAUUGUUAUUGUGUAGAGUAUAUUAUGACGUGCGGCAAGUUUUCACAAUCGGAUCGCAGUUUCUCGGCGCUUUCAAAAACAAUUUAGCUGUAGUUGGAAUGCCGAGCGGUGGGAUUGGGAAAAGAAAUUAUUUUUGUUUCCUCCUGUAUUUAAUAUUGAUCUUUGUUGUACAGAUCGACGAUAAACUAGACAUUGUAGCUAGGGUAAUUUUAAAUAAAUUGUCAUAUUAAUCGCUUACAGCAUUCUAACAUUACAGAGUUACACUUUGAGUUAUGAAGCCCAUCUAAUGACAGAAAGUGUUGAAUAAUGCAUGUCGAUUUAUAACGGCACUAAAAGACGAGGAGCGACUGGACGGUUUGGCAUCGCUUUCUGAAUCCACUGUAAAUGAAAGCAAUGUUAAUUUUAACAAAUACUAUAUCGUAAAUUAGUGAGUUUUAAAUUAAUGUAGGAUUUCCUAUAGUUGCCUUUGGGAUAGUAAGGAAAAUUGAUAUAUAAAAAUUACUUUUUCUCGUUAGAAUCACGCGAGGUCAUUUAUAUGUUUUAUUUUCACUUGCCCGUCAAUUGUCUCGCUUGUGUUUGGCAACACUAGCGGCCGUCGCGGCGGCCAUCUUGUUCGCCACAAGCAUUUUGUAACAUUUACUGUGUACGUGUAUACUUCAUCGCGCUGUCACUUGCUAGUUGCCUAUUUCAUUGUCUUUAGGGUGUAAGUAAACUUUAUAUGACACCAAUUAUAUACGUUUAUAGGGAAAGAUGUGCUGUGUCGUCGCGAACGCGUGCGAGCAUUUGCCAUGCAGCGCUCGGCUCGAGAUUAUCGCACAAGUGUAUCUCAAACGCGCGUCAACGGUCAGUCGAUCGUUUUAGAAUCGCGUUUAUUAUAUUAGUAUAGGCAAUAAUGUUCUAGUCAGCUUUCAAUGAUCUCUUGUUGACUUAUAAUUCUAAUAUUAUAUAAUAUUUCGAGCGUUUUCCGUUCUUAGUGUCUACUGUAAGCGGCGUUAUCGUGUUCACUAGUAGUUUUUUCUAUAUCAAUUUAUGGCUGAAGUGAAGUCCCCAAAAUAUAACUCAUGGCGUGCCUUUCACACCUUUUGACGGGCGUCAAAAGAUGGCGCUUUUAAGUAGAUUUUACAUUAAAAUGAGUUGGAUGAAUAAUUUUGAAAUGAUAUCAGUCUUAUAUGGCUCAAUAUCCUUCAAUUUCAAUAGAUAUCUAAGAGCUGUAGUCGGGGAAAAAUCUUAAUAAGUAGGUAAAAUUACUUCAGCCAUGGCCCAUGCUAUAUCGGAAACGGUCAAGAUUGUACAUGGAUAUUUAUAUCAUAAUUAUUAAAAGAAAGUAUUAUCAAAACUACUUAUCAAUAGUAUGCAUAUUGUUACCAAUUGCUGAUUUUGUAAUAUAAACACUAUUAGUAUAGUUAAAUAUAUACUUAUGUGUCAAUUCUUAUAGCAUUUUAUUACAUUAACAGAUAAUAGCUUGUAAGUGUUAAAGUAAUAUUGUUUUAAUAACGUAAUUUAUUUCAUUUCAUACAUAUUUACCUGUUUUACCGGGUCCACAUAUAGCGAAUGACGGCGAACGAAAGAGAACGAGUUAGUUUGGCGGGGCUUUGGGCGAGAAGAGGGACAUUUCGAUAACAUUCGAUCGCCGCCGUUCAUUGUCCGUGGUUAAGGCCUUAUAUAAUACAAAUUACAAAUUGGGCCGUUUAUUUAAUAUUAUUUUUCUAGAAACCUGCCUCGUAUGCAUUUAUUCAGUUUAGCUUCCAGAACAUUUGCCGUUUGUUAUUCCUGUAAGUAUUACCCUGCUUUGUGAAUUUAUUGACAACGAAAAUCGAUAUUGUAUUUUAGGAUUACUUCCAAAAAGUUUAACAUACCCGCAUAGACAAUACAUACCAUAGACAUGUUCGUGACAUAGUUCAUUUCGAACUAUAAUUAAAGUCGUUUGCAUAUUUAAAAUAUUUUUCGUAAAAUUGAACUCGUAUCAAUUAGUUAUCUAUUUCUACUUUCAUGUAUAUUAAGGUCCUCUUCACCUCAUUUUGCAUAACUUAUAGCAAUAUUAUGCAUUGAUGUAUUUAAAGUAGGUGGUUUAUAAUAAUAUAUUACAAUAAAGUUAAACUUUCAUUAGCUAAGACGAAUAUAUGUUGUAUGAUUAUAUUGUUACAAAUGAUUUACGAGCUUUGAGUUUUUAUGUCUGAUAUCAAUUGUAUAACUGUCAACUGUGCUAGGCUCGCUAGACUAUAUAAACGUAGAAAUUAUAUAGUUUUAUUUCUAGAUAAUGUAUGGCGUUAUUUCUAUCCUUACUGUGGGUUACUAGAAUUUGAUGACAAAUGGGAAUGAUAUUAAAUUGAUGGCAACACCACUUCUAAUAGUCAGUGUCAUUUUUUUCCCUCUGUUAAUGGUAUCAAUAUAACUUUCGUAUUCAAUACACCGUUUUUCAUUUGAUUUUUGGUUUUAUUAUCUGGUCAGGAGGCGCAUUCGGUAAUACAUCAAUCGAACGAAUAUCACCCAAGGUUGACUUGCAUCUCAGAUAAACGAAUAAUGUAAUCGAUAUAUCGAUAUCGAGUCCACACUAGACCAAUAUCUCGGUCAAAAUGUUUGAGUUUGAAAACAGUUCAUAUCAUAACCGCACCAGAAAGCGUUGACAUUAGAGAAUACGAAUUUGAUAAUAUCAGCGCUGAAUCCGCUUUAAGAGACUCGAAAUUGUCUUACCGAAUGCACCUACAGUUAGUUGGUCAAGAAUGAUUAUGUCUAUGCCCACAACUUGUCAUGUCAGAGACAAGUAAUACGUCUUCAUGAUCGGUUUUCACUCUUGACUGUGUUUCUGAUCAUUGAGAUUUUGCUGAUGUUAUGUCGGUGUAUCUCUUGGAGAAACGUAAAACAGCGUUAUUGGCGAGAUUUUUGGUUGUUAAUAUAACAUUCGAAUUGGCAAAACUUACUAUCAUUAUUCCAUUAUUUAUUUUUAAAUGCAUUGUUUAUUUAUAUUCAUUUAUUGAUACAUGAUCAUUAUCACGUUUCUCGUUAUAUUCUGGCACACCCAGCUGUAAGUCAGCUUUUCAACUGCAAUAAUUAUUAAGAUUUACAAGAAAGAUGUUAGUAGAUAUAUUUACUGCCGUUCAAUUUAAUUUUCUUGUGCUGUUGUUGCCAGUUUUGAAAUAUUGCCUAAGGUACCUACAUCACAUGCCAUAUAGAUAUCUAAUUAUCAAUCUAAAAAGUGUUAUGUACUUAGAUAUGGUUAUUUAUUGUAUAUUCUAUGACGUGAAAAUUCCGAUCAGACAUUGUGUAAUUCUAAUUACUUAGAUUGUGUUUUCUAGUAAUAUAUUCUGUAUGUAGGUUAUCAAUCUGAAAUUCUCUUAUAAUUAUAAAAUAAACGGUGUUUUCUGCUGUAAA